AUCGAAAUGCCCGGAGUCCCGUCUAGCAAAGGCUGCGAUGCUUGUCGACGCGUCAAGAAAAAAUGUGACGAGCUAAAACCAUGCUCGCGAUGUCGACGAUUGCAGAUCAUCUGUAUUGGCAGUGGGCAGCAGCGCUUUAAGUUCAAAAAUGCGGAGUCACAGCAGAUGAAGACGGCAAAUGGAGAGCGGAAGCGGGCUCGGGUCGUGAUAUCCCCAGCCAAGGUUCUAGCAAAUUGCCCUCGGAUCUCAACCCAGAUGCCCGGCAAUGAGCUAGCCACUUCUUUCGCCAAUACCCUGACUAUCACCGACGUCAGGUAUGAUAUAACAUACUAUGGGUCAUUCUUGAAGGAAAUUCCCCGACGUCUAGGCAGUAGUGUGGCUUUAGACGCGUCUGUGAAGGCAGUGGUCACGGCCUAUCCGUAUUUUCGCCACCAAAACUUUUCACCAGAUGCUUACAUGGAAUAUUGCAAUUCUCUUCGGGCGCUUCGAGAGUCCUUGAAUGACCCAGUCGAAGCGCAGUCCCCGAAUACUCUCUGUGCUGUUUACCUAAUUACUAUCUGCCAGAGCUGGCUUGGAAGAUAUGAUGAUAAACUAAAGAGCCAUGGUGAAGCAAUCGCCCACCUCAUGAAAAUUGCCGAUCUGCGCAAAUGUCAAACUAGUUUCGAAAAGGAUAUGAUCAUUACGCUGACCGUCCCCGUGAUCCUGGAGGCUGUUGUCAACCCCCGCAUUCAAAUGGGUUCUCAGUGGUGGGAAGAUGUCACACGACGGUUUUCCGUGGCACCCCGUCCUCGAAAUUCCAAUCCGCCCAGAUCUUCAAACACUUUGAGCACCCUUGCCAAGUUCCCUGAAUGGAUACGACGGCCAGACCCGUAUAUUCCCGAGAUCGCAGUCGUUUAUCUAACAAUGCGAGAUGACGCCGACCGAAUGGGUCAGUACCUAGCUCAUUGGUCCGACCCGGCCUCCAACUCCUUCACUGAUUCAACCGCCAUUGAACACUGUCGCUAUCAGGCUGGAUACACGCUGGUCGUCACCCUUGCCCUCAUUCUGAACACUCUUCUUCGAGCGUUUGAUCCUCAUAACACUGUCCUCAUCACCGAGGCCUACACAUUUUGCGAUCAUAUCAUACGCGAAGCUGAAAUUGCUUGCCGUUAUCGCCCACUUGGGGCUGCUUACGUCUCUCUGUGCCUCGUGGUGGGCUGUUCUGCGGCAGAAGACCCCCAGCAGUUAGCACAUAUCCAGGCUCUCCUGACCGACUAUUCGACUGAUUUCAAGGAGAUUAACUGGAUCGAACGUGCGAUGUGGCUUCGAGCUGCGUUCUACAGUCAUAAUCUGAGGGUUGGGUCAAAUGGAAAUACUACUAGUGAUUCUGAUCUUGGUGGAGGGCUUCUGGCAGCUGCUUGGGGUGAGCACAAUGGUCGACCUGAAUCAUGUGUUUUGAUGUAG